CUCUGUGAAAUAUAAUUAAAAUAUAUAAGUGGAAAAAAAAUUAUAGAAUAUUUUAAAAAUAUAUAAAUCUCCCGAGAUACAACAUCGCUAUAAUACUGCUAAAAUGCAAAUAGAAAUGAGAAAUACUCGAGAUGAAAAAUACAUGAGUCUCGUACUACAUUUUAAAUGUAAAUACAAUGCUACACCUUAAUGUAAAUUCUAGUAUAUUAUUGCAAAAUUUAUAAGCAAUAAAUUGCGAUUGCAUCUAUUUAACAGGCAGUUAUAAAACGUGAUCUGAUUCAUUUUAAAUUGUGCCACAAAGCCGGGGAUUCCUAUUGAUAAAAAAAGCGUUAUUCGGAAAUGAAAAGGGAAUUACCCAUUAGACACUUAUCUUCUGCAGAAAAUAAUUAUAUUACAGACGAUUGAAAAAAUUCGCUUCUCGCAUUUGUACGCUUUUCGUGUUUAUAUUAUUAAUUUAUUAUUAAUGAUACAAACUAAAUUAUAUCUUAUUCAUAUAUAUUAAUAAUUAUAUCUAGGAAUUAAAUUAUUAUUUGAUACAUAUUUAGAGACGUUAUGAAUUCUUAUUAAAUAAUUCGAACUGAAUAACUGUUCAAAGAAUAUGCGUCCCAAUCGAUGAAACUAUGGCAACGUUAAGAAAACAAACCGCUAUCCAACUUGUCCAAGUGUCCAACGUGAGAGUAGCACGUGACAACAGACUCUAAGAGCGAUCGUCGAAGGACGUGCCGAUGGACACUCCUCGACGACAAUCAUGGAUAUUAAGGACAGCAGCGACGAGGAGGAGGACGAGAGAAUGCGCGACAAUACGACGUUCGGUAAAUUCGAUGAGACAAUUGUGGUACGUAAUGCUGAAGAAAUCAAGAGCCCGGUAAGCCGCGGACCCGCAAGCUCUAGGAAAACGAGGAGAAGCAUGACGAGCGACAGCACGAACACGUUCGCGUCCAGCUCGCCGCGCGGCGGCAAGGACGGAUUCAAGAGAUACUCGCACGGUGACGUCGGCUUCGAGAAAUCGUUGGGAAUUGGCAGCGAUCCUUCGGACAGCGAGGAGAGUGACGACGACGACAUACAGGGUACCAAUGUCGUGAAGUCGAUCGACUUGUAUGACCCUAACGAAUUUGAGAAUCUGGAGGUCUCGACUGAAGUCAGGGAAUUGUUCCAAAAUAUACUGAGGUACACACCACAAAAGAUCGAGCUCAAUUACAAACUGAUACCGUUUAUUCCUGACUACAUACCAGCGGUUGGCGACAUAGACGCCUUUAUAAAGGUGCCGAGACCUGACGGGGUCGAAGAUAAGGUUGGCCUGACCGUGCUAGACGAGCCCUGCACCAAUCAAUCGGAUCCAGCGGUGCUACAUUUGCAGUUACGCAAUCACUCCAGGAGCGCGGGCGCUGCCGCGAGACAGGCGGUCGUCAAAAGGAUAGAGGACGCCGAGAGGAACGGCAAGUCGAUUGACAAGUGGAUCGACGACAUGAAUCAGCUGCACAGGAGUAAACAUUUGCCGGGUGUGCACAUAAACUGCACGAUGCCGGACAUCGAUGGGCUGAUGCAGCAGUGGCCGCCGCAGGUGGAGGACAAACUCAAUGAAUUGCAGGUAGAUUUAGCAGAGCUCGACUGCGACUUGCCGCAGCUGGUCGAUGUGGUCUGCAACCUUCUGGACAUUCCCACGCAAGAGAAUACCCGACUGGAAGCUCUCUACACGCUGUUCACGUUGUACCUGGAAAUUAGAAACGUUGAAAGCCAGAACUUCAGUUAGAAUUAGACUAGUACUUAGGCUUGAGGAAUAUUUGAUUUUGGAAGCACGUUCGAGGAACACGCAGUCAGAAUUCUAUAUUAAUUAGUAUCCAUAUACAUAAGUACAAAAAUUAUACAGACACUUAGUAGGUACAAGAUUUGACUGUAAACUAUUGUAAUUAAAGUUAAUUAAUACAAAAGCUUAUUAAUUGCAAAAAUGCUUUUGUAUUAUAAUAUUAAAAUUUCAUUGUAAUUUUUUUAAAUAUUGAAGAUUAUAUAAUUGAAUUUAAAUAUUAAUAAUAAAAAAGCAUUUGUAUGAUUAUUAAUUUUUUGACAAGUGUCUAGACAUGUUCAAUCACUGGUAUGUUUAUUACAACGUGAUAUUUCU